AUGACCAUUUUAUUAAUUUCUUUAUGGAAAUAUUAUACAUCUAUAACAGUAUAUUUUUAGAUAUUCGAGUAAUUCUUUAUAGAAAUUUUAUACAUUUAUAACAGUAUAUUUUUAGGUAUUUGAGUGAUUUUUAAUAAAAUAUAUUAAUAGAAGUUUGUGUUCUUUAUUAUAUUAUUAAGUUUAUCUUGUAUCUCUUCCUACGAAUAGAAUCAAGUCUCUUGCAAUAUUUUAAAUAACAUUGUAUCAAUAAAGUUUCUUAAGAUAAUUAAUAGUGACCGAAAUUAUAAAUGACCAAUUUAUAAUCUUUCUAUAGAAAUUUUACACAUUCAUAACAGCAUAUUUUCGGAUCAGUCGAGUGAUUUUUUUAAUAAAAUAUAUUGCUACGAAAUUACCUAGAUGACUAAAGCAUAAUUUAUACUUUAUUUUAUAUACAGAAUAGUGUACAUAUAUAUAUAUAUAUAUAUAUAUAAAAUAAAUAAAAUAUAUAUUAUAUCUAGAUAGUUCUAGUGUCAAGUUCGUAGCGAUUUCUUCACGAAAUGUGAGAUCGCCAUAUGGGAAACAUGUCGAUGGGCGAUUGGACGCGAUUGAAAUUUUCACAAAGAGCAAACACUCGUAUUUCCCAUCGUUGUGGGACACACGCGACGAAACACGCGCGCGCAGUGGACAUAUGCGCUUCUCUCUAAAGUUGAGCAAUAACGAUCGGGGGGUGAACGAUUCCCGGGGAGCGGGAACUCGACUGACGAGAGAAUCCUGGACUCAACGAAGCGGACGCUUGACCCCAGAGCGUUGUGGCCAAGUGGAGAGAAAGGACGUAAGUAUGGUCGGCGGAUACGGAGUGGACGCGUUAUACGUCAUUAGACUCGGACAGGGUGGUUUUCAUGAAGUAUCCGUGGGUGUCAGGGAAUCGCCAGAUGGCCGUCUACUGGCAAACAGCAACGAUACCCUUGAUUCACAGCGACGCUGCAACGUCAUGAUAAAUCAAAUGUUAAUGAAGCCUAAUAAUAGCGACAUCCACGCGUCCAGAAUCGUAAAGUCGCUGUUAGAACUCACGCGUUUUUUGCCAUUUUUCAAAAGAACCAUUAAGUUGCAACCUAACGGUUCCUUAGAAAAGUUUUACCUUUGUGAUGAGUAG